UGGCUGUCCAACAUGCCCCCAGGGAGAUGGCCUAAUUUUCUGGUUGGUAAUCACGACUACCCAAGGAUCUUGACCAAGAUGGAUGUACAGUUUGUGAAUGCAAUAAAUAUGUUACUGUUACUUCUUCCUGGCACACCAACUACUUACUAUGGGGAAGAGAUUGGUAUGAAUGACAUAGCACAACCCACACCACCACAAGACCCCUGGGGCAGAGACCCAGAGCGUUCCCCCAUGCAGUGGAGUAAUGCUAGUUUGGCAAGUUUCUCUAACUGUACUGGGAAUUAUGACCCCCAGAAAUGUCCCUGGCUACCUGUCAACCAAGAUUACCUAGCUGGUGUGAAUGUACAGGCACAAGAACAAGACAAGGACUCAUCUCUAAACCUGUACAAGUCUUUAGCCAAGCUACGACAAGAACCUACAUUCUUACAUGGCAAAAUGAAAUAUGCCAUUGUGGAUGAUGAUAUCUUUUCAUAUGUGAAGGACUGGCCAGGGGAGACUAAUUAUAUGGUGGUCAUCAACCUCAGCCCAACCAACACAACCCAUACUUUAGACCUGACGCCUUAUAUCCAAACCGCGGAGGCGGACAUUGCCGAGACAACGCGUCUCGACAUGGACCCAUCCCUGGUCGUGGGAAACAGCAUAGUUCCCGCUUCUGUUCUGUUGAAAACGGGACAAGGAAUUGUGCUCAAGUGGAAAUAUUCUCCAGUUGAAAUUUGGCACAAGGAUGAAGCUUAGAUAUAACCUGAUUGGCUGAGGCCAGUUGAAAUAUGGCACAAGGAUGAAUCUUAAAUAUAACCUGAUUGGCUGAGGCCAGUUGAAAUAUGGCACAAGAAUGAAUCUUAAAUAUAACCCGAUUGGCUGAGGCCAGUUGAAAUAUGGCACAAGGAUGAAUCUUAGACAUAACCUGAUUGGAUGAGUCUAGUUGAAAUUUGGUACAAGGAUGAAUCUUAGAUAUAACCUGAUUGGCUGAGGCCAGUUGAA